AUGCGGUGGUUGGUAUCCACCGUACUCUUCCUAUGCUCAGUUGCAUAUGGUCUGAAAGAUCUGGGUGCACCAAACUGGUCAUGUGAUGCCAGUGUGAUGGCGAAAAGUAAAAAAGUGCCAACCAGUGCACACAGUGUUCGAUUUGCGGACAUUAAGGUAAUUGGAGCACUUGGAGAUUCAUUGACAGCAGCAAAUGGAGCAGGAGCUCCUCCAGGUGACCCACUUGCUGUUAUUCUACAGUACAGAGGACUUGCGUUUCAAAUUGGAGGUGAUAAAAGUCUUGAUGAGCAUAUUACAGUUGCCAAUGUGCUAAGAAAGUUCAAUCCUAACUUGGUUGGAGCGUCGAAGGGAAUUGGAUCGGAAAAUGUUUGGGAAGUUGCUCAUCUUAAUAUGGGAGUAUCGGGUGCCGAAUCCAAAGAUAUUAUUGGACAAGCUAGAACUCUUGUGAGCACAAUGCAUUCUCAUUCGGAGAUCAAUGUCAAAGAAGACUGGAAGUUGGUUAACAUUUUUAUUGGAGCUAACGACAUUUGUGUAUACUGUGAGGAUCCGUUUUUCAACUCAACAGCUCCACAUGGAAAGACAACUUUUGAGAAUAAUAUCAUCACCGCUGUGAAAAUUCUCCAAGAUAACUUGCCAAGAACUAUAGUCUCGUUGACUGGAAUGUUUAAUAUGAGAAUGCUGCGUAAAAUUGAUAAGAAGAAGUAUUUUUGCGAGGGACUUCAUACAUUCGAAUGUGAUUGUGAAUCCAAUCAGAAGUUUACAGAUGACGAUAUUCAAGGAGUUUGCUUCGGAUACAUGGACGGUGAAAAGGAUAUUCAGAAUACCGGAAUGUUCGAUAACAAAGACGAUUUCACUUUCGUUGUUCAACCGUUUUUCAAUGGCAUUCUUGAUCCUCCAUAUUCAAGCCCUGGUGUCGUCGACAUGACAUUUUUUGCUCCAGAUUGUUUCCACUUCUCUGCUUACGGACAUGGAAACAUUGGAAUGCAUCUCUGGAACACCAUCGUUCAACCGGUUGGAUUCAAACAAACUAGUGUGAAUCUGAGUGACCCAUCUGUUGGAUUACAUUGUCCCAGCACGAGUUGCCCGUUCUUCCCAACUAGCAAGAACAGCAAAAAUUGUGCUGAACAUUUUACACUGAGCGAGUUGGAUUGA